UGGUGAACAUGUUCAGGAGUAACAGUCCCUUUGGCAAUGACACCAGUAGCUACACAGGAUCAUUCCAGUCCAAUGGUUAUUCUAUGGAUGAGGUUUCAUCACAGGUGUCAAGUCUGUCGAGGCCCAGUGCAAAGUCAAUUUACUUGCAAAGGAUGGAGUAUGCAGUAUCAAUAAACAAGAUGAUGAACAAAUUUCAGUACAGAGUGGAGCACUUGUUCACUUGUGACCUGGAUGGGAAGGGGUUGAGAAGCAUAGCAGACUGUGUGCAGCGGCUGAGGCUGCUGGACGGGAUGGGUCGUGUGUGGGGUCAGAGCAUGCAGCUGGAGGUGCGAGGUGCCAACCUGCUGCUCACAGACAUUGAAACCAAGGAGGAGCUGGAGUCCAUGGCUUUCGGCGACAUCCUGGAACUGAAGGCUGUGCUUGACGCUGGAGUGUUUAAUUCCCUGCUCACAGUGUCGGUCCGGCCUGGGGGAAAACACACCACCACUGUCUUCAUGUUUCAGUGUGAGGAUGUCAGGGCUGACUAUGUUCAGAGGGAUCUCUCAGGAGCAUUGUCACACAGGAGACAUGAUUCAAACAUCAGCAAUGCAGGUAUAAUAGCAGGACAUCCGGGAAUGAAUAACCUUCAUAAUGCUGAAAAAUCUAAUGAACCUAAAGAGCAGAAGCCUGCAGUUGACCCAGAGCCCCAAUGGAUGGUUCCUGACUAUGAGGAGGAUAACGUCCUUACGCCUGAACUGGUUGUACCUCAGGAGGAGGAUAUCUUGAAUCAUCUUUUAAGUGACAUCGAAAUCUUCAUGGGAAAAGUAGCUGCAGUAGUAGCUAAAAAUGCAAAGAAAAAGAAGAAAAAGAAAAAAGGAAAAGUCAUGGACGGUAUGCCCCCUGCAGCAGAAUUUGAAGUGUGUUUCCAUAAAAUCAAAUGUGGUUUCAACCUUGUGGGGGAGCUCAACGGGAUGAUUAAUAAUCCCAGCGCUCCUGAAUUUGUUCACUCCUUAUUCUCCACAUUAGCAUUUGUGGCAUCUCACUGCGCCGAGGAUCUGCCUCAGACCAUUGUGGCACCGCUGCUGACGCCUCAGUGUUUCCGUUUCCUGAGUGAAGAAGCCUCCACAGAGGAGGACCAGCUGUGGCAGUCUUUAGGAGACGCCUGGAACAUCCCCAGCACCAAAUGGCCAGAAGAUGACGAGGACAUUCCAACAUACACUCUGGAGUUCUCCGAUGGCUGGCAGCCUCCUGAGGCGACUGCAGCACCUGAACCCAGUGAACCAAUGAGAAGGCAGGAGCAUCAACAACCUGCAACCAGCCAGACUUCCACCAAGUUGACACCAUCACCUCUGCCCCCACAAAAGACACGCUCAGGUGAGUCAAAACUGGGUUGCAUACAUGUUACGUAUGACUUCAUCUCAAGAAACAACAGAGAGCUCACCGUUAGAAAAGGAGAAAUAGUUGAGCUGCUGGACAUGUCGAAGCAGUGGUGGAAAGUGAGGAACAGCAGAGGGGAGGAGGGCUUUGUACCUAAUAAUGUCCUAGAGGCUCAUGACAAGCAACCAAUCGAAUAUUCUGGAGGUUCUCCUGUCCUCACAAAGAAGUCCAAGCCUGCAGAUGUGAAAGUCUGGCUGGAAGACAAGGGCUUUAGUAAAAUCACUGUUCGCUGUCUGGGUGGGCUGAGUGGCUCUAUGCUGCUGGGGAUGACCAGAGAGGAGCUGAAGACCGUGUGUCAAGAGGAAGGGGGGCGUGUCUUCUUCCAGUUACAAGCCGUCAAGUCCGCCAUGGCUGUAAGUGACUCACACUGUGCAGCUUCAUUUGUUGCCAUUUAA